AUGCGUUUAGCUGAAGAGUUUAUGGAGCAGUUGAGGCCCAUAUUUGAGGCUUUGAGACAGAGGGAAGAGCUCCCUUGCUCGUAUCCGCUGCAUGUGGGCUCGACGCACGGCACAAAGCAGGCUUUCAUUUACGGCCAUUCAAGAUCUCAAGGUUCGACGACUCCGGGUGCCCACCACUAUACACACCAACACGGAUAUCAGCCUUCUCCAGGAUACCAUUGGGUAAGGGAACGUACGGCUCGCUCUGUGCCAAUGUCGGCUGGAGGAGUUCAUGGUCGAGCUUCACGGUCUUCGCUCAGUGCGGGAACACCAGAUUCGCUGAGCGACAACGAAGCCGCUAGUGGAUUGGGACAAAGAUAUAGAAAGCCGAGUGUACCCAGAUCUACCUUAACACCUGGUGGGUCAAGGCCAGGAUCGAGACCCGGAUCUAGAACUGGGUCAAAACCACCUUCGAGACAUGGAUCCAACUUAUCUUUGGACAGCACAGAUGACGUAUCAACUCCAUCUCGUAUACCUAUGAGGAAAGUGACUAACACGCGGGCAUCUCUUGCCCGUGCCGCGGCAACCGCUAACAAACUGGGUGUCAGUACUCCCAAUGGUGGCUCUCGUCCACGAACACCCACUGGUAUUCUGACACCAGCCAGUGGAAGGUAUCAUAGCGGAGCGAUGUACCGCACUUCCAGUAUUCCUACAUUGUCACCGGUGCCCGCUCUAGUGAGCUCUACACAUUCCCAGCCAUCGUCGAUGGCCUCUGAACCUCCUAAAUCUUUAUCCCAUAAUCAUCCAGCAUUCCAAACUCAAGGUACCACGAAAAUUCCAAUUUACGUCGGCAACCGAUCGCAGCGAUCGGUAUCGACUGAGCGAAGGCUAAAGUCUGGAAAGUCCAGAGAGACCUCACAAGAUCCCAGUCCCAUGUCCCAAGAUCCGAAAUCCGACCAAAGAAGUCCGGAAGACGAUUCCUCCCUGUUCAGUAUAUCGGGAAUGACGAGCGACAAUGAAUGUGAGAGUAAUAUUAGCGAGUCGAGCGGUGAUGCUUCCAAACCGAAACAACGCGACGCUAAAGGGAGUGGGUCGUUUGCCUCAACCGAUGGAUAUACACCUGGCAGAAGUCGUAUACCAGUACCUAAGGAGCACAUCACUAACACUAAUCAAUCUAGGCAAAGAACACCUUCGGGAAGCACAACACCUGUGCGUUCUGGUCAACAAACUGCAGUGUCGAGAUUGCUGCGAAAGACCUCAGAUGCCUCUGAUAGCGGCACGCCGACUACACCAGUCACUCGACGUACAUCGACAACCACACGAACCACGGAUAAACGAGAACCAUUCCGACUUUAG